AAUGGGUCCAGCUCCAGUUUUCCCAAAUUCGCGGAAGCCGGCGACACUUGACGCGAACUCUGACGAGCAGACACUUCGUCCGUAUUUUAAGACGAAAGUUGAACAAGCGGAGCAAACCGUCGCCGAAAAGUCGAUCAACGUUCGCCGCCUAAUGGCUCAACAAAAAGAGCUCAACGGAAAAGUGCGACUGCUCAAAGAAGAGAUCUCACAUCUUCACGAGCAGGGAAGUCAUGUCGGAGAAGUGUGCAAAGCGAUGGAUAAAAAGAAAGUGCUCGUCAAGAAUCAUCCCGAUGGAAAAUAUAUUGUCGAUGUGGCAGCCAGUGUGGAUAUUUCUACAUUGGCAGCUGGAACUCGUGUUGCUCUUCGAGCUGAUAAUUAUGCAAUUCAUGAGGUUCUUCCGAGUAAAGUCGAUCCUCUUGUGUCGCUUAUGAUGGUUGAAAAGGUUCCCGAUUCAACAUAUGAAAUGGUUGGAGGCCUCGACACACAAAUCAAAGAAAUUAAAGAAGUAAUUGAACUUCCAGUCAAACAUCCAGAACUAUUUGAUGCUCUUGGAAUUGCUCAACCAAAAGGAGUACUGCUCUACGGACCCCCGGGAACAGGAAAAACUUUAUUGGCUCGAGCGGUGGCUCAUCACACUGAAUGCACAUUUAUUCGUGUAUCUGGAUCUGAAUUAGUUCAGAAAUUCAUUGGAGAAGGCGCCAGAAUGGUUCGUGAACUAUUUGUAAUGGCUCGUGAACAUGCUCCAUCAAUCAUUUUUAUGGAUGAAAUUGAUUCAAUUGGUUCAAGUCGUGUUGAAGGAUCACGUGGUGGAGAUUCAGAAGUUCAGAGAACAAUGCUUGAAUUGCUUAAUCAAUUGGAUGGAUUUGAGGCCACUAAAAAUAUUAAGGUAAUCAUGGCAACCAAUCGUAUUGAUAUUCUCGACUCGGCUCUUCUCCGCCCGGGACGUAUUGAUCGAAAAAUCGAAUUUCCGGCUCCAGACGAGAAAGCUCGAGCUCAGAUUCUGAAGAUUCACUCUCGAAAAAUGAAUUUGAUGCGUGGAAUCCGAAUGGACAAGAUUGCCGAACAAAUCCCCGGAGCAUCGGGUGCUGAAGUGAAAUCUGUGUGCACUGAGGCUGGAAUGUUUGCUCUUCGUGAAAGACGUAUUCAUGUAACACAAGAGGAUUUUGAGAUGGCUGUUGGAAAAGUGAUGCAGAAGGAUUCGGAAAAGAAUAUGUCGAUUAAGAAGUUGUGGAAAUAAUUUAUUUUUUUUUUUUUGUUGGAAUUUUGUACAUUUUGUGUAUUCCCCCCGGCCAAAAAGCCCCCCGAUUAUUUGCAAUUUUGAUUUGAAAAAAUGAGGUUUUAGUAUUAUAAA